CGCGUUUUACUACUUUAACUCCAUUUCCACAGAAUCUCGAGGAUGUGGUCUGCCCUUUGUUGUGCGGUUAGUGGGCGUGGUUAGGAGUUGUCAGAAUACACAGGGUUCAGUUUCCUCCUCAGUCCCCGACGCGACAGCAGCUUCCUCCUGCGGCUCUCCUCCGGCUCUCCUCCGGCUCUCCUCCGGCUCUCCUGCGGCUCUCCUCCGGCUCUCCUGCGGCUCUCCUGCGGCUCUCCUCCGGCUCUCCUCCGGCUCUCCUCGUCCCUCCUCGUCCCACUGGAAAAUGGGGCUUGUGGACUUGUCCCGUUUCGUAAUGGAUCUCACAUCCGUCCGUCUCCUGCUCAUUGUUGGUCUUGUCGUUGCCGCCCAAGCUCAAAACUGUACCAAACCUGUGGCCGGAGCCAACAUGGGCUUGAGCGACAAAGACAUUCUCUUGGAUACGUUCCCGAAUGGCACUGUGGCUUCUUUCAUCUGUAAUGUUGGUUACACGCCUGCAGGAGGGUCCCCAUCCGUUACUUGUAUAAACGGCAGCUGGAGUCCUGUGAAGCUGACAUGCAAGAUAAAGAGCUGUGGCUCUGCUGGAGAAAUUGCAAACGGACACAUUGAUUACUCUCAAGGGAUUGAUUUUGGCGCUGAAGCAGUGGCCGGCUGCAACACAGGUUACGAUUUGGUUGGCAAAGCAGAACUCGUGUGUGGAGACAAAGGGUGGAUGGGCAGGUUGCCUACAUGUGAAGUAAUUACUUGUGGCUUGCCACGUGGGAUUGAAAAUGGCGAUUUCAGUCCAAAAAAAGAAGACUACUACAAAUAUUUGGAGGUUAUACAAUUCGUGUGCCAAAAACCGUAUUCACUCAACGGUUCCAAAUCAUCAACAUGUUCAGAGGGUAGGGUAUUCAAGCCUGAUCCUCCAGAGUGUAUCAUUGUUAAUUGUCAAGAGCCUGUUAUUGACUUUGGUAAAUGGGCAGCGGGUUCUCGACCCCCCUAUAAACACUUGGCUAGUGUGACGUUGGAGUGCGAUACCGGAUACGACAUGGUGGGAGAGAGGACACAGACAUGUGACAUAAAUAGCGACUGGUCACCCGGUCUUCCAAAAUGCAAAUUGUCUGCCACAACUAAAGCCACAACUAAAGCUACUACUAAAGCCACAACUAAAGCUACUACUACCACCACCACCACCACCACCACCACCAAGACCAAGACCACCACCACCACACCUUCAGGGAAACAAACGGUGUCUGCCACAACUAAAGCUGCUACCACCACCACCACCACCACCACCACACCUUCAGGGAAACAAACGGCUGCUCCUAAACCAACUGACAAACCUGAGAGUGGAAGUGACGGCGUUACACAGACUGUGUUCAUAACUCUGACAGUAAGCAUUAGCGUCCUGAUGGCCCAGCUGUACGGGCUGUACUAAUGAUCUGAAUGGAAGAGGGCCGCCCCUGGACGAGUGUUUGAACCUGCUUAUGGCUUUAAUUUGGAGAGACAGACAUGAUGAAAUGUCUAGAGAUCCUGAAAUCACUGCAAAUUGCGCUCAGUCCUCAGCUACUGCUUGUUGCUCUGGUUAGUCGACAGUAAUGUACAUAUCUGAUACUCUUUUAACUUUCCUUACUUAUUCCUGCCCAUAAUGAAGACCAGUGCAGAAGUUUUUCUUUUGUCUUAAUAUUAAUGAAUGACAUUGAGUUUGUCAGAGAAGCUUUAUCUCCAUAUAGAUUUUAUACUUUUGCACUAAAACUCAAGAGCACAGCUCGGGCCACUGUAGCAUGAAAUGCAGCAAUGGUUGGGAUUGAGAAACAAAUGAAUGUAUGCACUGCUCACCUUUUAAAAUACAGCCGCGUUUGCCUGCAGGUCUUAAUGGUCAUGUGCCUUUAACGACAAGCAUCAGUGAGAAGAGGAAGAACAAGUCUGGUGUUGGAGCUGUUUAUGCAACAGCCGCCUGUUACUUCCCCGAAACAAAAAUGUAGAACAUUCACUCACACUCACUCAGUUCAGACAGAACAAACUUUGAGGCUUCAUCCACGAUACCACUCCCCAGCUGUAUAUUUCAACUAAAGGAACAUAAACCUCAACUCACAGAAAACUCCCCAGCAAAGCCAUUCGGUGCGUCCUCAUCGGCAGCCUCCUGUCUCUCCAGCUGGGCCAGGAACGUCCUCAGUACCCUGGCCUGCUGCUCCAUGGCUGGCUGUUCACUGCCGGGGAUAUGACACCUCUCAUGUCAGGUCACAGAGGUCCUCGUCCACAAGUCAUGGAGAACAGUGAGGUCGUCAAGGCUUGUGUUCAGGGCUGUGGGACCCCUGCUGCUGCUGCUGCACAGAGCACCUCUUUGGUGCAACGCUCACAUCAAGGAACUAUUGUGAGGGACUUAUUCAAACUGUCUGAGAGGAAGCAAGAGUUAAUUAACAGGUUCUCUGGUCAUAUUAAAAAAAAUGUGCCGCACCCCCUUUGGUGUCUCUCCCUGGGUCCUGGAGUCACCAGGGUGUUUGAUUGCAUUGCAGUGUCACAGAAGGAAUGAGAGGGAAACACCCACAAACAGAGGAGGCCGCACGCUUAUAAACAGGCGUGAACAGCUGUUCCAGCCCCGAGGAACAGCUGGAAAAGACCAGCGGAGGAGGGAUGUGGUUGGGGAUGGAGGCAGAGGCAAAGGGAGUGGUGAAGAGAACAGGAAAAUCCAGGUCUCUCCAUUUCUGUCUGCUGAAUUUCCACAGUAAGCGAUUGUUAUGGUAAACCAGUUCCCAGUCUUUUAGAUGAACUAGUGUCCGGUUAACUCUGCCAAAACUCUAAUGUAUUUAUUUAUUGUAAUUUUGGGGCAGUCUGGUUUAUAAUUUCACUUCAGUUCCGAAGGAGCAAUAAAAUGAAUGAAAUAAAUAUAAAUAUAAAUGAUAAUGAAUAAUGAUAAUAAUAUGGUGGUGACAUCUAGUGGUUUUGUGGUAACAUAGCACUUGCAGCAAUUCUUCAUCUGUGGACCUGAUUUGGUUCAAUUUACUGUCAAAUUUUGCAAGUGACACCACCGUUGACGUGAGUUUGUGUAAUAAGGGUCUGAAAUGUGUAAAAACGAAUCAAACUGUCCGUAGCCGAGGUGAAAAUGCAGUUUCCCCAAAUCUCACUAUAUUUUAUAGAGGAUUUUACAAAUUUCACAACCUAAGUUAAAUGUGACCUAAUUCAUAACUGGGAGAUGAAAAUAAAUAAAUAAAAUAAUUAUAGUUGAUGUUGUUCAGUUUUCUUUGUUGAACACAGGUGGACUAACUCAUUGUCGUAGCUGCUUUGCAAAUGUAAUGAAAUGUAAAUGAGAUGCAUCACCUUGUUUCCAAGAAGCUCUGAAUCUCUUCUUUUCAGGAAGCCUUCAGCUGCAGUGUGAUUAAAAACAGAUCACAGCAAA